GCUCUUCUGUCAUUGUAAUGCAGCAACUGUGCGAUCAAGAUCAAAAUUUUCUCCGAAUGAACAGAAGAUAGACGAAUAACUCCGUUGACAUAACGGAUCGUGUUUUAACGUCUUUUUUACGCUUUUCUCUAAAGUGAAGCACUGAUGUUUUCCUGCAUUGUCCCACGAUAUCGAAAGCAGGACAGACGGGUGAUCUGAAGAAAUGGUGUAUUGUUACCCAGCACUCAUAUGGGUUUGAAGGAGAUUAUCUUAUUUUUGCAGAAGGACAGAUGACUAUUACAUUAAACGCAUCGGGGAACGGUGCUGGAUUGCUUGUUUUGUAAACUAACCUGCUAGAAUUUUGGCGACGCGUUUUGACUGUAUGUAAAAUAGAUGUCGGAGCACUUCUAGAUAGUAUUUAUUGAGAUUUAACGUUGCCUGCUGUGUUGUCAUUAUAAGCAUUGCUGUAUUGUCGCUGGCUGUCAUUGUAGCCAGCUCGCGAUGGGUAACUCAGUGACCCGCCGCGCAGUUAUUGACUUAACGAGGCACUGUUACAGCACGAGAGUGAGGGCGUUUGCAACCUCUUUCUUUCCUUUUAAACUGAACUGACAACAUGUAGCUCGGAAACUAUACAUCUGGGUUGGAUUAAUAGCUAUUUCAUCAAGCUAUUUUGCGAAAUGCCUUGUUAACUGGGGUCAGAGAGCGACAACGAAAAUAGUUAUGCGCAUCUAGCUAACGUUAGUAACUUAAACUUCACACUUAGCUUUGUUUUGAUUCUUAAUUUUCAGUCAGACGGUUAUAAAUAACCUCUCAAGUGCACUAUAUAGUCUCUAGCAUUCAUAAUUUGGGGAUGACAGUGUUCUUGAACAUACAGUCGUCAAGAUUAAAGAGAGUUUGAGGACCUUGUCCCUAUAGCAGCCUCUCCAUCACAAGCUGUUGUGUAUCAUCACCGGACACCUGCCAAAAAACAUGGAGACGGUGGGAGAUUUUGAAUACAGCCGUAAAGACCUCAUCGGACACGGAGCCUUUGCGGUCGUCUUCAAGGGAAGGCAUAAAAAGAAGACUGAUUGGGAGGUCGCCAUCAAAAGCAUUAACAAAAAGAAUCUCUCCAAAUCCCAGAUUCUGCUUGGCAAAGAAAUAAAAAUUUUAAAGGAACUACAGCAUGAAAACAUUGUGGCGCUCUAUGAUGUCCAGGAAACGCCAAGUUCUGUAUUCCUGGUUAUGGAGUACUGCAAUGGAGGAGACCUGGCAGACUAUUUGCAAGCCAAGGGCACUCUGAGAGAGGACACACUGAGGGUCUUUCUACAGCAGAUUGCAGCCGCCAUGCGAAUCCUCAACAGCAAGGGGAUCAUCCAUCGAGACCUCAAACCCCAGAACAUCCUGCUGUCCUACACGGGCCGCAAGAAGUCCAGCAUCAACGGCAUACGCAUCAAGAUUGCUGAUUUUGGUUUUGCGAGAUACCUCCAGAGCAACAUGAUGGCAGCCACAUUAUGUGGAUCCCCGAUGUACAUGGCCCCGGAGGUCAUCAUGUCUCAGAAUUAUGAUGCCAAAGCUGACCUGUGGAGCAUUGGGACUGUUAUUUACCAGUGCCUCGUGGGAAAGCCGCCUUUCCAGGCUAACAGUCCCCAGGAUUUGAGGAUGUUCUAUGAAAAGAACAAGUCUUUGGUGCCAAACAUCCCGAGAGAGACAUCUCCUCAACUGGAAGACCUGCUGCUGGGGCUUCUUCAGAGGAACCAGAAGGAUCGUAUAGAUUUUGACACUUUCUUCAGUCAUCCUUUCUUGGAACCGAUAUCAACUAUCAAAAAAUCAUGCCCUGUACCAGUGCCCUCAUGUUCAGGCUUGGUCUCAGACAGCACGUGUGGCAGCUCUCCGUCCUGCCGUUACGUGUCUCCUCCGUCACUGCCAGACAUGCAGACUCUCCCUGAAGACGUGUUGUCCUCUCCACCUCUUGGCCCUCCCAACUAUCUGCAGCUGUCCAAGGAGUCCGGCGGCAGCACCAGCAGCAAGAACUCCUCCUGUGACACAGAUGACUUUGUGCUGGUGCCGCAUCUGUCCGGGGAACAGUCCUAUGACCUUCCGAUGGGUGCAGUGGGUCGCAGGCCAUCCAGUGAAUUUCUCUUGUGUGGAGGGUCACCGCAGCCGUCCACUGGACAGACCCCAAUGGUGUCACCACGGAGCGAGACCACGCCGAUUCCUGUGCCCACACAGGUGCGAAACUACCAGCGGAUCAAGCAGAACCUCUCCAGCAGUCCAACCACAACUCUUUAUGGCUCUCCCAGGUCAGGCACAGUGCGGCGAUCCAACACAAGCCCCAUGGGCUUCCCUAAAAUGGUGUCUGGGUCCCCAAGCCCUGCAGAUACUGUCCAAACAGUGGGGCGACGUCUCUCUACUGGCAGCUCUCGGCCCUACUCCCCCUCUCCACUGGUGGGCACGAUUCCUGAGCAGCUCGGCCACUGUUGCUGUGGUCACCCUCAGAGCCAUGAACCGCGCAGUCGCAGCUCUUCAGGCGGUUCCCCUGUGCCAUCGUCACAGUUACUGGGCGCUCGUCUUCAGAGUGCGCCAACACUCACUGACAUCUACCAGAGCAAGCAGAAGCUCCACAAGCAGCUGUCUGACCCAGUGCACCCCACCUCCUUCGCCUAUCCCAGCAACCACUCUCCUCAGCUCGGCCGGCCUGCAAACCUCGGCACCUCCCCAACCAAACAUCUCGGUUCCUCUCCUCGCACCUCUGAUUGGCUGACAAAAUCACCGCUCCCCACCAUCAUUGGCUCUCCAACUAAGGUAACAGCUCCAUUCAAAAUCCCUAAAACUCAAGCCUCUUGCAACCUCAUGGCCCUGGCCGACAGCCCCAUGCCGAACAAGACUCUGAUGGAUGGACGUGAUCUUUGUGCUCAUCACUGUACAGCGUAUCCCAGCAGCAGACAGCCCGCACCAGAGGCCAGCAAGACUUCCUUUGGCAGGUCUGUAAGCGCUGGCAGACUGUCCGAGCCUCCGGUACGGAUCACUCUAGGAGGACAGCCAUACCAGGGAAGCACAGACAGCCUCAACACAGAGAGACCCAUGGACACAGCCCCGGCCGGGAUGUGUGCUUUGGCAGCAGGCGGAGGGAGUCCUCGCACCGUCGUGUUCACGGUGGGUUCACCCCCCAGCAGCAGCACCCCUCCAACCUGCAGCCAUCUGGCCUCUCGCCCGCGUGCAACCUCAGUGGGCUCCAACAGCUCUGCCGGUUCACUCUGCUCCACCAGUGGUAAGGUGUACAUGGGCUCUCCUCCAGGCAUGACCAUCGGCAGCUCUCCACCCGGAGCAGAAGCAGGUCCCAGCAGUCUCCGUUAUGUCCCGUACGGCACCUCUCCACCCAGCUUGGAGGGCUUCAUUACCUUUGAAGCUCCAGAACUGCCAGAAGAGACGCUGAUGGAGCGUGAGCACACAGACACACUGAUGUACCUGCGGAUGAUGCUGUCCUUCACGGAUUGUGUGCUGGAGAUCGCCGCUCUGCGGGCCGGAGGGCCUGAUCUGGGUGCGUCGGCUGCUUCCCUCUAUCCUCCUCAGGACAGUGUGGUGGUGGAUCAGAUCAGUCAGCUCAGCAGAGAGUGGGGGCAGGUGGAGCAGCUGGUGUUGUAUAUGAAAGCAGCUCAGCUUCUGGCCUCCUCACUGCACCUCGCCAAAGCCCAGAUCAAAUCUGCCAAACUCAACCCGUCCACUGCCGUCAAACAGGUGGUGAAGAGUCUGAACGAGCGCUACAAGAGCUGUAUUUCCCUGUGCCGUCGCCUCACAGACAAACUCAACCACUUCUUCUCUGACAAGCAGCGCUUUGUGGACGAGAUCAACAGUGUGACAGCAGAGAAGCUCAUUUAUAACCACGCUGUGGAGAUGGUACAGUCGGCCGCUCUGGACGAGAUGUUUCAGCAGACUGAGGACAUUGCAUAUCGCUACAAUAAAGCCUCCAUGCUGCUGGAAGGCCUGACCAAGAUCCUCCAGGACCCAGCCGAUAUUGAGAACGUCAUCAAAUACAAGGCCAGUGUGGACCGGAGGAUCUCAACUUUGUGUUACUGCACCGUCACCCUGUACGAAUAAAGAGCGCAAACUGUAAAAAAACAUGCCCUCACUCCAGGGACCAUCAUCUUCUCCAACCACAGAGAAGAAUAAACCAAUCCCUCGUUUUCUUUUCGUAGCAGUCGAAGCACUUUCAGUUCCUUUUGAUUCCUUCCAUCACAAGCAACAGACCAAGUAUUACAUUUAGUUUUUUGCUGAUGACAUUGAGAAGGACGUGCACAAGUUCACUACCAAAGAUGACAACCAUUUGGAUCCAUCUUCUCUUUUUACAACUUUUAAAAACACAAGCCGAAGGUGAUUUUUGAACUGGGAAUCUUUAGAGGCCCAACAACGAACAACAAUGCAAAUCAAUUCAUCCUGUUGUUUUAUACUGCACUCUACUUGCUCUGAUUAUUUAUUGGUUUUAAACAUGUAUAUACGCUCGUGUUAUUGAUGAAAGUGUUGAUAGACGUCAUGACGUGGAUUUGAAUGUCGGACUGUAAUUACCGGUACCACACAAAUACGCAGUCACGCGGUUAGGAGGAAUCUGUAGUAUUUACAAAAUCAGCUUUGAAGCAAAUGCACUUUAUUGAGGCAGAUGUGGAAAAGAGACGCUCGUUCCAGCGUUUGCUCCGCUUUCUCCAUAUCGAAAAUAAAUCCUCAGAGUAUAUCCAGAAGGCCGUGAGCACACUGGCGUCACAUAAAAGCCUCGUGGUGAAAUCAUCUAUAAUGGUCAAAAAUACUUGAGUAGUUACUUACAGUUUGAUUCAUUCGUACUGAAACAUUGUUUUUUUCUUAUGUUGAUAUUAAUACUGUAGCUUUUUUUAACCGCAGCUGUAAAUACUGUACAGUCUGCAUGUGUGUUUUUUUAUUUUGGAGUGAAUGCGAGCGAGCUCUGCGUGUGAUUGAAGAAGGCGGACGCUGCACCGUCCCUCAAAUUAAAGAGCACAAGAUAUCCUUCUUUUUUUGUAGAUGGCGACAACGUCCACACAAACUUCUUACAGAAAUUUCUCACUUUGCAUGGCAGCUCUCGACAAACACCCGUGUUUGAGGAUAUACACUGACUUUAUGAGGUAAACAGGAUCAAGCGCGGCCCACUGCCAGGCUCUGCUUUCCUCCCUUCAUCCACGUGCAGUGUUUGCGCAACCGCACUUCCUAGGUGAGGUCCAGUUUGAGGAUCCCCGAGAACCGAAAGCAUGACAUUUGAGAAGUGUACAUGAUCUGAACACCUCGCUCCCUCUUUCCUUCACUCUGCCUCUGUUUUUUAAUCUUUAUAACGUGAGCCUACAACGCCUUUACUGUACAGAAGGAGAAGGCUGAGGUUCAUUCUGACACCCAAAUCAUGCAUAUCUGUAGUUGUAGGACUGAGGAGAACUGUGUACAGAUCACCCGUUAGACAAAACUAGUACCUGUGGAGCAUUAGAAUGUAUCUGCCCUAGGUUUAGCACCUUUCCUACAAUAAACAAACCCUUUUUUCCAGCCUAUCACAAGCUGACACGAUCAUGGCCGACGCAGCCUGACGGUCCAUGCUCCCUUGAUUUCAAAUGUGGAUGUUUUAAAUGUUUUAAACCAUGUGUGUGUUUUACCAAGGGCAUCUGUGUUGUCUGAAACUGUAGAAAUACAGCUUUUGUUUAUUAAACAGAUUGAUUUUAUCCUGUUA